AUAGGUGAGCCAGUAAGAGACUUUAAAGCUAGCGUUAAUGCAGAAAUUCUAUCAUACAGCAUUUCCGGAAAGCAUUUUCAAAAUAAAUAGGAUUAUUUAUUUACAUUUGUGUUGUUUUUUGUUUGUUGGAUAUAUGUAAUUGAUAUUUUAACAUGUGUGCAGAAAAUAUGUAACUUUGCGACGGACCAAUUUAAAAUAAAAGCACCUGCUCCCCAACAUUUUUAUUUUUCUGUGUGUUCUCGUCAUUAAUGACGUGGGGCGUAAAUCCGUCUCAACGGAUGUCGACUCUCAUCAGCGGAAUCCCAGCUUGCUAAACGUCAAACAACUUCAUUUCACGUUGAACCGCCGCCGGGCCCGACUCCCUCUGAACCAGAUUAAAAAGUCCAGAGCAGAGUUCUGCUGGUCGCUCCGCGUCCGCGACCCGUUUCCCUUUACAGACAUCCGGCCAGUAUGUCCAGUGACCCUCCUCCUCCGUACCCCGGAGGUCCCAGCGCCCCGCUCCUCGAGGAGAAGAAUGGACAACCGGUAACGGCUCCUGGGGCCAAUGCUCCUAUUCAAGGACAGCCGCUGCCUCCAGACUACGGUCCUCCCCCCUACGAGGCCACACACCCCGGCUUCCUUCCCCCACACGUCCCUGGAGACGGGCCCAUGCCAAUGCAUCCACUACAGCCAGGUGGCCCCUACCCGCUUCCGCCCGGGCAGUUUCCUCACCCGAUGCCCGGACAGAUGGGCCCUUGUCCCAGUCAGUUCGUCCACAUGGGGGGUCACACGGCGACCGUCCUGUCUCCCCCAGGAGCCGCCACCACCGUGACCGUGCUGCAGGGGGAAAUGUUCCAGACCUCGCCGGUGCAGACGGUGUGUCCGCACUGUCAGCAGGCGAUCGUAACCCGCAUCUCCCACGACGUGGGCCUCAUGAACUCGCUCUUCUGCCUCUUCUGCUUCUUCGUGGGGUGUGAUCUGGGCUGCUGCUUGAUUCCCUGUCUGAUCGAUGACCUGAAGGAUGUGACACACAGCUGCCCGUACUGUAAGGGCUACAUCUACACAUACAAGCGUAUAUGCUAACCACCGGCCGCUGUAAGCUAGAGACAUGUACAUGCACACGCGUACACCCACAGCUCCCCCUGCUGGUAAUGACAGCCCCACCCCCCCCAUUUUGCAAAGUGUUGUGUAGCCCUCUAAAAUAGUGCAGUUUUCUCAUUAGUUAAUACUUACUGUAUAUAUCUUUCAGCAUAAUUCUUUCAUCUAUUAACAUGCAUUUGAAAUGUAAAAAUCUCUCACGACAAACUACAGAAUACGUAGUUAAAGACACACUAAGGGAGAAGCAGCAAUACAGAACUCUGGAGAAACGGCGUGAUGUUCUACACGUUAAUGAGUUAAAAACAACCUGAAUGACAGAUUAGUAUAGCAAAAGCUGUGAAAAUGAUCACUAUUUAUUUUAAUGAAUCUGUGAAAAGCGUCCUGAGUUCGAACAUGCUGGGUUAGCCUUAUUGGUUUUUUUUGUAUUUAUUUUAAAUAUUUUACCAACCAGUUAAUAUGAAGAACUGUGAACAUUUCUGUCCUUGUCUGAUCAUUUUAUUCUAACGGACCUACUUUUCCUUUUGAUCAUUAUCCCCUUUUGAAUGUGAGCAAACUAACGAACCAUUUUCUGCUAGAUACACUAAUGUUUCUGUUUUUUCGGGAAAUGCCCGAGAUCGAUGUUACUUGCUAUAUUUAUUAGUGUUCUGAGCUUCAGACUAGUCACAAAACGUUGAGUGAUUUACGUUACCGCCCUCUGUCCAUGAUGUACUUUAUUUUAAUAAUAAAGCCAAGAUUUGCACUUUAAGUUGGAAUUUUAAUUUCCCCAGCUGAUACAUUCACGUUAACGACCAAGCAGAGAGAUUUGGUCUUUAAGGACUUGCAUUGUCAUCUCCAUGAGCAGAAGUAAAUCAUUUCAGUAGAUUUAAAGUAGAGCCAACAGUUGAAUUGUUGAUAAGACGCUGAAAAUUAAGCGACGGUGUGUCGACUAACACAUAAACAUCCCAUUGUUCAGCCUGUAACCCUCCUAAUGUGGCAUCGGCCCCUUUAAGAUUUCCAGCAUUGCUAAGGUGCAUGUUAGAUAAUACUGAUGUCUUUUGACCAAUGCUAUAAAGCGACCUCUCUGCUAGGAAUGAGCUUCAAAAUAAACGAUUGUAUCAAACAUUGUGAUUCCGUGGACAUUACUACCAACAAAGAGACGACCAUCGUGCGCCCACCACAGCAUGCCCCAUCUGCAGCUCACCUCAAAGUGCAGUCUGUCAGCAUGAGCCACACAUCGGAAACAAAUUAAAUCUCGCCGGCUACUUUCUUGACUCUAUGCAUUUGAUUUAAUUUCUUCUUGAGGCUAAUUAAACUGUGCAAGGAAGUACAUUUUAAGUUGAAGGAUUGCAUUGAACUUUCAACACAAAGUACUGUAUGCCAUUGUUGUGGAUAAUGCUGGUCGGAAUUGCUCUCUAAAAUGUCUGUGAAAUGUAUAACUAUGAGAGUCAAAAUUUGUUUGACGGUUGUAUACAGGUAUUAUUUUAUCAAUAAAAAUCAGAACGUGA